AUGAAAGGCUCUCCGGCGCCAUGUUGCUGCACAAUGUGAAGCAGUGGCGUGUUGUAGUUUUCUCGGUGUUUUGGGGGAUUUAUUCUGAUUUUUCUGCAGCUUUAUUCUCCCUCUGCGCUCCCACCGGCUCCCAGUACCAAACAGAAAGGGAUUUUUUGCUUUUGAUUCCUUACUUACUUCCUGUUUUUGGUCCGGGGACUCGCAGAGACCAGGAUGAAGCGAAGUGCCAGGAUGAAGACGGAGAGGAGCGGGUUGCCAGCUUGGCGUGUGGAGACGUUGAAGGCCGGCUGAACGCUCUGUUUAAUCGGGUCCAGGCCAUCCAGAAGAAAGCCGGACAGUUUGAUCUGCUGCUCUGCGUCGGAGAGUUCUUUGGGACGACACCUGAGGCCGAGGCAGAGUGGCAGCAGUACAAAACUGGGGCUAAAAAAGCUCCGAUCCACACCUACAUCCUGGGGGCAGCGAGUCAGGAGACGGUGAAAAGUUUCUCGAGCGCCGACGGCUGCGAGCUCGCCGACAACAUCACGUACCUGGGUCGUCGUGGUGUGUUCACGGGCGUCUCAGGACUCCAGAUAGCGUACGUCAGUGGGAGGGAGGCUCUUCAGGACCCCCCGCCCGCUCACUGCUUCACCUCCAAACACCUCUCAGCCCUCGUGGCCCCGCUGACAGGAAACUCCAAGUUCAGAGGGGUCGACAUCCUGCUGACCUCCCAGUGGCCCCGGGGGGUCUGGCACUACGGAAACACCCCGGAAGUGAACACCAAGUUCUGUGGCAGCGGUUCUGUUGCUAACCUGGCGGAUCACCUGAAGCCCAGAUACCACUUUGCUGCUCUGGAGGGGGCUCACUACGAGAGGCUGCCCUACAGGAAUCACGUUGUUCUGCAGGAGAACGCUCAGCACGUCAGCCGCUUCAUCGCCCUGGCCAGCGUCAACAACCCCGCCAAGAAGAAGUAUCUGUACGCCUUCAACAUCGUCCCCAUGAAGGCUCUGGAGGCCUCUGAGCUGGUGAAGCAGCCUCAGGACGUGACGGAGAACCCGUACAGGUUCUGCAGUAAAGACAAGACGGGCAAACAGAGGCCGAGCUUCAACACCACAGAAGAAGAGGAGCCGGCUGGACAGUUUUUCUUCGACCUGAGUAAGAAGCAGGGCGGGGGCUUCAGGGGCCGCGGGAGGAAGAGAGAGGGAGACGGACGAGGAGACUUCCAGAGAGACGAGAACAAACAGCCGCGAAGACACCCUCAACCCACCGGGCCCUGCUGGUUCUGUCUGGCCAGCCCUCAGGUGGAGAAACACCUGGUGAUCAGCAUCGGGACUCACUGUUACGUGGCGCUGGCUAAAGGCAGCCUCACCCCGCUCCACAUGCUGAUCCUCCCCAUCGGACACUACCAGUCUGUGGUGGAGCUGAGCUCUGAGGUGGUGGAGGAGAUGGAGAAAUACAGGGAGGCGCUGAAGAGCUUCUACAAGAGCAAAGGAGCCCGAUGUGUGCUGUUCGAGAGGAACUACAAGAGCCAGCACCUCCAGCUGCAGGUGGUGCCCGUUCCUCUGGACCGCUGCACCACGGAGGAUAUCAAGGAGGCGUUCAUGGUCCAAGCUCAGGAGCAACAGAUGGAGCUGAUGGAGAUCCCCCAACACACUGACCUCAAACAGAUUGCUCCUCCAGGAGUACCGUACUUCUACGUGGAGUUGGACUCUGGGGAGAAACUCUACUAUCGCAUCCAGAAACAUUUCCCUCUGCAGUUUGGGAGGGAGGUGCUGGCGAGCGAGGCGCUGCUGAACAUCCCGACUCGUGCCGACUGGAGGGAGUGUAAACAGACCAGAGAGGAAGAGGAGGAGAGCUGCAAACAGCUGAGGGACGACUUCCAGCCCUACGACUUCAACAUGGAGGACUAACACACACACACACACACACACACACACACACACACACACACACAC